AAAUCAUCUCACUAAGUGACACAAGAGCAUUUAACUACAAUGGCGCAACUAAGUUGUUUGAAUCUCGAUGAGGAUGAGUCGCCUGACAUUUUCUCUGACCAAGAAACUGUCAAUUCGUCUGAGGCUACGAUUCUUGACGAAUCGAAUUCAAUGUCCAUUGGACUAGAAGAACCAGAAUUAACGGAUGACUCCCCUGAAUGGAAGGGGAUAAGUAUGGAUGAGAUUUACAAAGGCAUGGGACCUUACGGAUAUCAACAACAUCCCCCAAUCGCUCAUUCUGAAUUUCACACUGUUUUAUUUUUGCUUCCUGUAACUGGCCGAGGAGUACCAAAAGCUUAUCCAUCUCACAGAGCGGAAAAAUGGAAUAUUGGAUAUGUUCGAAUGCCUUAUUCAUCGCACAGUCUCUACCCCAUAGAACGAGCUAAUGGAACUCGCGAAUUUCGUCUCAGAUGGGAAGUUAUACAGGAAAAAAUGCUCCAGAGUUUUGUAUCAACUGCCCAAUUCGAGUCGGCUGUUUUGUCAUAUAAUAAUAAGUAUGCUCAGCGUUGGGACUUUUGUGCCCUCCAUCAUUUCUUCACGGAGGUUGUGGAGGAAGAAGAAGCAAACCAUUUUUUUACUUCAUUGUUACCGAAAAUUAUUCAACUGGCACUUCAACUACCUGCCUUGGUAACCGGUCCCAUACCUCUUUUGAAACAGCAUACAAAUUGCUGCAUAAGUUUCAGUCAACUACAAGUUGCUUCGCUCCUUGCCAAUGCGUUCCUUUGUACAUUUCCACGUCGUAACUCAACAAAUCCGCAAUCGGAAUAUGCGUCCUAUCCUUACAUCAAUUUUAACAGGCUGUUUUCGGCUUACAAAGCCGAUAAACCCAAUAGAUCAAAUGCGGUCAUGGAGAAACUGAAAUGUCUCUUUCAUUAUUUCCGACGAGUGACCUCUAAAGCUCCAGGAGGCACGAUAACGCUGGAACGACGUUACAUACCUAAAGAAGAUUGUCCAAAAUGGGAUCAGCUGGAUGCAAAACUUCCUUCGCUUCAUAUAACGAGCAAGGGUACGAUUGAGACCGAGGGUGCAGGCUUACUACAAGUGGAUUUUGCAAACAAAUUCGUGGGUGGCGGCGUUCUAAAUUGGGGAUGCGUUCAAGAAGAGAUAAGAUUCGUAAUUUGCCCCGAACUUAUGGUUACGAUGCUCGUUACCGAAGCCCUUGACGAUACUGAAGCUCUUGUCAUCAGUGGUAUCGAACGUUACAGCAAAUACGACGGUUACAGCAACAAUUUCACUUGGACUGGAGACUACGUCGACGAAACACCUCGUGACAAUAGCGGCAGAAAAAGGACUUCCGUCGUUGCUAUAGACGCUCUGUAUUUCAAGCAACCAAACGCUCAAUUCAGCAAGGAGAAUAUUCUGCGGGAACUGAAUAAGGCGUAUGUGGGAUUUAGUUCCACGGAAAUAGAUCAAGAAAAUUUGCCGGCGAUAGCAACUGGAAAUUGGGGUUGUGGAGCCUUCAGAGGGAAUCCGAAAUUGAAAGUUUUGCUGCAAUUAAUGGCAGCAGCGGUCGCCGGCCGUUCAAUGGUUUAUUUUACGUUCGGUGAUACGAAUUUGCGAGACAGUGUGGCUGAUAUGUAUUGGCAUCUUGUUCAACGUAAUAUAGAUCUGGCUCAAUUAUUUUCUUUGCUAUCGCAAUACGAGAAAGCUCCAUCGAGUGUGCGUUCGGAUUUUUACCAUUUCUUAUAUAACAGAAGUAGAAUGAAAACUCUCACAACUUACUUCACCGCGACAAACAAAGAUUCAGAGACGGAAGAGUCGAUUCGUACGAAAGAAAACUUGAUAAAAGAUGCAAAAAAAAAGAACGACUUCUAUCGAUGGCCGAGCGGUAGUCAGACGACUGAAGAGGAGGACAGAAUUUUCGACAUGUUAGAAAAAUCAGCAAACAAUGAUUUAAUGGAACAGGUCGAUUCGAACAAGGUCGAAGAGUGUGCCAGGGAUCUCGCAAAACAUAAGAAUGAGACAUCGAUCGAAACAAAAAAGAUGAUGGAAAAUUAUGAUAAAAACUUGACGGAACAAGAAAAAAAGAAAUCACUUUGGGAAGCGAUGAAGGAUCGAGAGUCGAGAAGAAUUAGUGGGAUUCGAAGAACUGGCGGACUUAAUCUAAUCGCGAAAAAUAAAACGAUUCGUGUGAUGGAAGAUAAGCCGGUAGAAAAUGGUUCGCAAUUCUCCGAGAUGCCGAAGAGUCCGCAAGCAGCUGUCGAGAAAACUCCUGACAAAAAUUUACGCUCGUCGUCAUCGUCCUCAAUUACAAACUCCAGAGUUAUAAAAAAAAGUAGUCCUGGUGGUAGAAGAAAUCAACCCAAAAUAGUAGACUUCUUUCCUCGAAAGAUCUCGUAAUAUUAUCUAUUUACAGAUAAUGUAUAUACACGUUUUUUUUUUUUUUUUUAAUAAAAUGUAAAAAAAUAUUCUUGGGUGUAUGCUCUCUUAAAAUUCCAUUAGUAAAUUGGCGAGUGUUUAAAAUCAUUUGAAUUACAUUCCAUUCCAAUACUAAUGCCAUUAUUUUCCAUUACUAAUUCCACUACUAAUUAGUAGUUCCGUUAUUUGGGAAUGGAAAAAACAAUAACUUCAUUUGUUGUCCUUAUUUUCUACGAUCCAGUAAUGUUUCUUCACCUCCGAUAGAGAAAUUCGAUCUGAACCACGACGUUUUAUCAACUGUAAAUAAAUUUAUAUGUAAGCAAAA